CACGAUUUCUUAUCUAUGCUGUAGUUCUAAUUCUUUGAAACGAUAACAAAUAAUAUUAAAUAUCAUUACAACAACUGAGAUGAAAGAUCACAAUUCACAGCAAAUGAACUAUUACAUAGCUUUGUUAUAUUAAUGUCUUUAAAUUGUAUAUUUGUGCUGAUUUGUCUAAUAAAAAAUGUCAGCAUCUGAUCUUAAACAUGCGUUACGAAAGUUUGAAUAUCCUGCCUGUGCAAAAGAAGCGCUGCUCAAAAUGGAACAACUUCUGAUAGGACGUUCCGCACCCUCUAGUAAACAGCAAGACAUAGCCAUGGAUAUAACUUCUGAAUUUAUAUUUUGUGAAGUCGACCGUCGCGGCGUCCGACGUGGAAAUGGUCUCAAUCCUUUACAGGAGCUUCAACUUAUUGAUAUACUUAGUGAAUACAUAUCAACUUGUAAUAAUGAAACUACAAAGAACACAAUAUUUUUAUCACUUUUUGGCAGCAUGGAAAGUCAAAGAAAAUUAAAGAUUCUUAGUAUCCUAGCAAGUAUGGCUGUCUCAGCUUCUUGUACACCCGUAUUGCUUGCUUUAGGCGUAUGGCUUCAACAAAUGGGCUGUUCAUCACCACAAUCACUGAAGUUGGCUCAAAGUGUAAUACAAGAUCAUUUUUACCUAAAUACAACUAAUCAGAAUUAUUUAAAAUCAUUAGCAAUAACUGCACCUCAGUUUGUAUCAAACUUUAUAACAGCAGUUACAGACUUGUAUAUGUGUGACAGUCAAGGUGCAAGUAAAAUGCCACCAAAGAAUUUACUAGAAGUUAUUACGUCAUGGGUGUACUCAAACCCAACUUUAUGUAUGUCAGCUCAGUUGAACCCAGCAGCUCUGCCGGUUGGUGCAAUUCCCAUGGCAGUUGUCACACCACUGGCAGGUUUAAUACACUGGUGUGCUCUCGCUUCUCUCUACGUACAAGAUACAAACACUGUGGAAGAAGAGCCGCCUAUAAAGAAGAUAAAAAUAGAAUGGGAAACACAUGUAAAACCAAACACAACAAAUUAUAUUAAAGAGUCUGAACUAUACACAAAAUUACACCUAGCAGUUCUGAAUAGCUUGCGAGCAGGAAAAAGAUCUCAUCUGCCCACGGCGUCAGUUAAUGCACAACAUUUAGUAUCUUUGACACCAAUGGUUCAGUCAUAUGCACACCAACUUGUGAAAAAAGGCUUCAAGUUACAGAAUGACAAAAAAUUGCAGGAUUGCUUGGAUAGAAUUGGGCAAGCAGUCCAAGUGGCUUUAGCAAAUAACUGUGUGUAUGGAAACAUAAGUAAUCUCCUAGCUUCCUUAGAUACACUGCCUCAAAACAAACUACUUCAAAUAAUCAUCAGGAAACAUCAAUGUGUUUAAAGUUUUCAAACAUAGCCAAUGUAUGGGUAAUAGCAAAAAAACAGUGGCGCUACAACCUCUUUAGAUCUUGGCCUCAGAUUUCUGAAUCUGUUUCAUGAUCAAUGACCCCUGCCCUUAUAGUGGUUACGUAAUACUGGAACGGCCACCAAAUUUUAAUAACAAACAAUGUUAAUUGGAACCGAAUUUAGUAAAUCCAAAAUUAAUGCAACCAUACAUUAAAAGAUGCAGAUGAAACAAGAUGUUAUAAUUUUAAUGUUUUAUUAUACUGCCAAUUAAAAUGGCGUAAAUCUU